CCCUUAAGGGAGGGGCUGGUGGGACGGGGCCGGGCCUUUCUCCGAACGCCCCGUUAUUUUUUGCUGGCUGCCUCCUGCACGGAAGGGUUCCUGGCCCCGUGGGUUGCGUUUCCUGCAUGAAGGACGGCUGCCUGCAGAGCAGAAGCCCUCCUGUCGGCGCAGGCAGCCCCUCAGGCGGCACGGUUUUAAUGCAGUCUGAUUCCAAGAAGUAUGAAGAAGAGAUUCCUUCCCUGCUCUGGGGGUUAGAUCCUGUAUUUUCUGCUUUUGCAAGACUGUAUAUUAAAGAUAUAAAAGAAAUGAAAGAAUCUAAACAAGUUCCAGGUAUUUUCUUCUAUAAUGGACAUCCAGUGAGACAGGUGGAUGUUGUCGGGAUGGUGGUUCAGACUAAAGAGCGAGAAGCCUUUCACAGUUAUGGAGUGGAUGAUAGUACUGGGGUUAUAAAUUGUGUCUGCUGGAAAAAUCCCAUGGUAGCAGAAAGAUCUUUAUCAGACUGCCCAAGCACCCCCAGCAGUCUUAAAGUGCUUGAACAGAUGAAGAAAUUCCAGGAAAUGGUGAGCCAGAAAACCAAGCUGGAGAUUGGAGAUGUCAUCAGGGUCAGAGGUUAUGUCCGGACCUUCAGGCAGCAAAGAGAAAUUCAGUCUUCAUGUUUUUAUAAGGUGGAUGAUCCUGUGUGUGAUGUUCAGAUUUCAAGAAUGUUGGAGCUCCCCUGCCUGUAUAGAGAAGUUUAUGAUAAACCUUUCCAAAGCCCAGGGGCUGGACAGAGUGGCCCAGAAGGCUUGGAUUUCUUAGUCCAAACGCUGCAUGAGAAAGUGAGAGACUUCCUACUAGAAAACAAAAUUCAGACCUUUUACCAGCAGGAGUUGGAAACAAUUCAUUCUCUGGUAUCCCUAGCUGAUGGGCCUAAAUCUAGUCCCAGCUGCCAGGUGAAUUCAGGAAGUGAAUCCAGCUCCAAAAGGAUUCACAGUGUUUUCAAGGAAGCAAUAAAGAAACUACAAGAAAAAGGAGUGGUUUUCCAGAAACCCAGUACCUCCAAGGACUUGUACUACCAUGUGACCGACCACGAUAAAGAGCUGCUUAAAGUGACCCUUGAUGUGAUUAAAGAAGACUGUCAAAAACCCAGGCAUGCUGAAAAAGGCUGCCAUUUUCUUCAUGUCCUGCGUUGUGUUCGGCAGAGUUACAAUCCCAAUCUGGCUGAAGUGGUGAUUCAACGUGUUUUGGAACUGCUGGAGAGCAACAGCGAUAUUGUCAGCACUAUGGAUGGAUAUUAUAUGGCAUUUUAAAGAGGGAAGAUAAGAUGCAUUAGUUCUUGUCCAGUCAGGGUAAAGUAAAAAGAAUAAGGAAUGUCUCAAACAGAACUCUGGCAGUUAAAAGCUAUUACCUACUGUGCUCUCAGUGGGGGCAAAAAAGAGCCGCUUCUGUAACUGCAAGUUUUGUCCAGCUUCUGAGAAGUUGUCCCAAUAUUUGUUUUAAUAUUCUUGCUGACUUCCUCAUUGUUACUGGGGAAUGUUGUAUCUAACUAAUUCUGGACACCCUUCUAUAGCAGGGGAGCUGGAAGAGACCACAGGCCUUCUGCCUGCAUGUGCUUCCCUGAUUAGCAGUGAGAUGUGACCUGGCCUUUCUCACAUCUACAUCCAGUGAGCCUUAAAGAGAAGUCACUGCUAAAGAGUACUGUUUGCAGCAGUGGUCACACCAGGACUCAUCUUUCUGACUUAAAGACUGAUGCUGUGAUCCUUCCUUACAGUGAUAGCUGUUCUUUUUAUAAAUACUUUACAAUAGGAAAAGCACCUGUAAGCAAACAAUCUAAAGGUUACCUGUUCUUCCUGGUAAUGUUGGCACACCCAUGUGUGUAUAUAUAUGUGUGUAUUCCUGAAUGUGCAUAGCUUUGUCACUACUAAAAUAGACCCACCUUCCUCUGAAAAGUAAUUUUCAGGAAUGAGGAACUGCACCCCUUCCCCAUUCUGCAGCAUCCCCCACUUCUUGUAAAGCUUGUCUGGAUUCCCCUGGCUACCAUGUGCACUACUGAUGCAUGUUGUUUUGGAUUAUGUACAGACCAGAAGUUUUCAAAAUCAAUGUCUUUGUUUAUUUUUAAAUUGCUUUGUAUAUCACAAAAUACAAGCAAAAAAUUAGUGUUUUGAAGCAGAAAGUAUGAAAGCAAGCAAGACUCACUGUGAUCUCCAUGCUUCCCAUUGCCUUUUGUCUUCUUCCUUGUUGCUUUCAGGAAAAAUGCUAUCCAUAUCCUUGCUUGCAGCAGAACAGAAGACAUGAAUGAAGUAAUGUUGGCCUGAAAAAGGUUGCCAUGCGAGACAUUUGACCUGGAAUAAUCAGAACUCUGUUAUGUGCCACUGUUCAAAACCUGGAGCUGUUCAGCAUCUGUGCUUGGAGGGCUUCUUGCUGCAGGGGAUCAUCUAAGUCAUCCGUUUAAUAGUGUGGAGACGAUACCAUUAUUAAUUUGAGAAAAGUGGGAAGGGAAGAAUAUAUUCCUUCUUUCUGCUCAGCACCUUCCCUGUAACAGUUGAAACAGCAGGCUUCCAGGAGGCAGAUGUAGUUGUGAAGCCCUAUAAGGGUUGACAUAGCAGGGAAAAAUAAACUGAAUGCAUGAGGAAAGCCAGUGAGUAGCCUCGUGUGCCAGGUUUCUGCUUUGUUUUUAUAUUAUAUGCCUCAUUCCAAGCCAUGGCUUCAGUGAGACUAAGAGAAAGGAGUGAUGAAUUAUUUGGCAUUUGCAUUCAGAGACCUGUGGAAAACCCCAGCUUUGUAGAGAUGGUGUAUGUGUUCAUAGUGGAAAACUGUGAGUUACUUCACUGUCAUUUCCCUGCUUGCUGCAGAGCUUAAUAUCUGGUUUCCCUGCAAGCUGCCACUACUCCCAGCGUUAACUGCUGUACUUAGAGUUAGGUAUCUUCUAGUCAGAUCUUAAUAUGGACCUGAACGUAUUUCUAUAUAUGAAAUCUGCCUGAAACUCCUGACCUCCUAUUUUCUAAGCACCAUAGAUUAAUGCAGACAAAAAGUGUGCCCUGUCUGUCCUGCCUCUGUGUGAUUUAAAAGCACUGAUAACUUUGAAGCCUUAGAGAUGAAGAGUGAGGAGCUUUUCUCAGGAAAGACAGAUCAGUCACUCUGGAAAGAACCUUUCCUUUGAAGUUUUUAAGCUGGUCCUUGCUGGCAAUACUCAACUCUUGAAAGGGUGUAUUCUGUUGGAAAUUGUUCCUCAAGAACUGGAAGAAGGGAUUUUUCUCACUUGGAUUAGGGAAAUAACAUGAAUGAACACAAGGGAGUUUUCAGUUUUUUACAAGACUGAAAAGGUCGAGGUAAAACUUAACAGAAUGGCCUAGUUUCAAGUUAUGCAGAUUGUAAUUAUGAACAAUAGUGUGGAAUAGUUGUGCCUUAUUUUCUCCUCAGUAGCCACCCAGCACAGACUAACACUUACUCUGAUUGAGUACAUUCCCCCUCCUGCACUUAGAGGGAAUACCCUAUGCAUAUGCCUGCACAGAAGUACCCCAGCUAGCUGUGGGAGCACAGAGCUCACAUUAGGCUGAUUUACCUGUUUACUCAGCAUCUCUACAGUAUGCUUCUGUGACAGCAGUCUAGACAUACCCAUAUUGGUAUAAGUCACCUUUAUGUAAGUCGAACUACACACACUAGGGCUUUUACUGCUAAUAAACUGUCUCUCUGUUUACAGAUCAUAUCCUUAACCAAAGUCAUAUCAUGCACGCUGUUAAAAAAAAUUCUUAGAUUUAGACCACACCUACAAAAUAUUGUGUGGAACAUUCAGUGAAAGCACGCUUUCUCUUUUUGUUUAAUUUGAAAACUCUUUAGGCAAUGCAGCCAUUACUGGUUUAUUAAAGGACUUUGAAGGUGGCACUUUAAGGUAAAACUGACAAGUGAGAAUUCAUGUUGGACUGCUUCGUGGCCAGUUCUAGUUUCCAUAGAAACAGUUAUGGCAGUAAAAGGCAGGUAAGUAAAAUGGAGGUUUUAAAAGCAGUCAGCAUUUUUACAUUACCUUAAAAAUGUGUGUUUCCAUAGAAAUGGAAUUCCUUAGAAAAAAAAUUACCAUAGAAUCUUAAUAUUUAAUAUCUCAAUAUUCUGGCAGAAUGCAAGCUGACUGUUUUUCUGGAGAGGAGACAAAGGACAGAACAAUUCUGCCUACAGUUCAUAAUUCUGCCUACAGUUCCUCAGAUCUGCUUACGUGAGAGGAAAAAUAGUUAACUUCAUGCCUCAGUUCCCUCUUUGUAAAUUGUGGAUAAUAUGGUUCCCUAUGUUGUAGGACACAAGCCCUGUUUUUUGAUAACACCAAUCAUUAAAAACUCUUGAGAUCUGCAGGUGAGAAAUGUUAGAGAACUCUGUGGCUGAGUGGUAAUGUGUGAAUGAAGGCUAGAGGCUGGAGCAUGAUUUAGCUCUAAUCCUGCUUUUACUAUCAGCUUUAUCUUUCUCUGACUCUUUCAUGCAUGUUGCUUUGCCUGUCACGUCUUUCUGAUCUCCAUGUCCUAUGAGGCAAUUACGGUAUCCUGAUUCAUAUUUGUAUAGAAUGCUUUUGCUGAAUCCUGUUCCCUCAUUAAGUCAUUAGGGGUCCUCUAGUGCAAAUGAUGGCUUCCUGAAAGUAGAAAUCCAGAUGAUUUCUGAACUUGUUAUCAAUUCUUUGGACAGUAUGUUUGUACCCAUGAGGGCACGUAUGCAAACUACCUGAGAACUGAAGCUUUUCUUUUUAAGUAAUAAAUGAAAAUGAUUUGCUAUAUGAACCUGAGCUGUUACUUUUGUGGAUCUGUCUAUAAUUGCUUAUUUCAGCAAUGAAUGCUGUACAGAGAAGUUGCUAAUUCGUUAUUCAGAAUGAGAGUUCAUAAAUGAGCAGCCAGUAAGUCAUGGAGCUGUGUGGAAAGUGAGACAAAGUACUGAAAAUCUGCUUGUCAAGUAAAGGCUAUUUGCUUUACUUUGAGAGUAAGCUGAUCCUGGGCUUACUGGGGAAAAGAUGUCCCCAGUAUUUUAUACUUCUAAAUGAAAAGGGAGCAAGUUCAGACAGCACAGGCAACCUGAAUUUUGAAAUUUCCUUUUUCAGUGUAGCACUGUGUUUCUUAUUGCUCUUUCAGCAUAGUCUCCAUCUCUCCUGUUCCAACUCUGCAGACUGGUGAGCAAACAAAAGUUCAGCUGCAGGAGAUAAAAGAGUAGUUAUAAUAAUUAGUUACCCUCUUCUAGGAGGAGCCCUGGUUUUACAGAAAUGUUUUUGUGGAUGUUGGUUGGCAGCAGGAAAACGUUGAGUCAGAAAUCUUGGGUUUAAUUCCCAGCAAUGUGCCCUCUCAGGCACAGAGGGUUUCUCCCCAAUUUUUUCCACCUAUUUCUGCUCUCCGCUCUCUCCUCUAAUUGUCAUUUUUCAGGCCUUUCAUUUUAUUCGGAGUCUCAUCAUUUAUCUCUAUACCACGGAUUGUGGUCAAACUCCAUUCCUCCCCAUUCUGUUCCCUUUAUCUUUCCUAACUCAAAUAUACUUGUCAGCUGCUGGCAACUGAAAGUAUCAGCGUAAUCCCUCCAACUAACCAACCUGAUGUUGUUCACAGCCCAUUCAGUUUCCAGCAGGCUGUGCUUUGCUGCUUGUCCAGGUACCAGAAGAGGCAGACAUCAUCUCCUUCAGCCUUGAUCUUUCUUUCACCAUGUAGGCUGCAGCAAGAACAAACUGCAAUUUCAGGAAAACCCUGAAGGUUUCUAGGUGUGAGUUCUUGCUUUUGUCUAAGUAUGAAACAAAUAAAAUUAAACAUUAAAACACCUGUAUCUUGCCCAAACUGCAGUAAGUACAAGUUGUUCUUCCAGGUGGCAGAAGUCAUCUGCCUCCCCCUGACACUUUCAAGCCCUUCUGCAAAUUUUAUCAUAUAGGUAUUCUGUCAAGUUGAUGUAGACUUUUAGUUUGUGCAUCUUCUAGGUAAUGUCUCCUCUUUUAGACUGAUAUUUUUUAAAUGAGAAACUGUCAUUAUACUCUGUGUUUGAUGUAAUUAUGCUGUCUGAGCAUUUGUCAAAUUCUGUCACACUGUCCCAAGUGAUUUUGUACUCUGUUGGUGAGUUAACAGGCGUGAAGAACCUGAAGAUCUUACAGUCUUGCACAUUUUUAGAAAGUGGAUGCACUGAUAGAACAGGGGAGCCAAGUGAGUGCCAACAGUAAGGGGAAGGAAGAAAUUGUCAUACGAUAAGAAAGAAAUCACACACAAGGUGAUCACAAGGAAAAAAAAUUGUUACUUCUGCAGUGAGAACUACUUGUUUACUUGAUCUGCAGUGCUCUUUAUAGAACUGAAUGGACUGUUUUUUCCUGAAGUUUGCUGGCAGAGGUCUCCCCAAGGCAGACGAGCGUGAUGGGAAACUGCAGCAUCUCUAUCAAGGUAGAGAGUUGUGUAAUGAAUUGUUAGGGAUGCCACCAGCCUGUUCCUGCUAAUAUAUUUUAAAUGCACAGUGGAGAAUAUACUAAUUUAGCCACAGUAACUUACAAGUUGAAAUAGGCCCAGAUUAACAAGAUUGCCUGAACAUAGCAUAACCUGGCAUUUGCCAGUGGAAGAAAUAACCUUAAGGAACAAUUUUCAACAAGUGCUGAACCACCAAACAGUGUGGUGCCAAUUAACCUGGCACAACAUGUCCUACAGCACUUGUUUUAGCUUGCUUUUUGUUAUUGAUUGGAAGAAUGAGCACUCCUUCCUACAAGCUAGAACUGGAGCUGUCUGCCAGCUUAGCCUGGGAUGAGCAAGCUGUGAAUGUGUGAGCAUGUAUGGGCCCAAACAUCUGCUUGUCUUUCUUAACAACUGGAGGAAUAGUUGCAGCUAAACUACUUCUUUGAUAGGCUGAGACAUUUACUUACUUUAAUUUGCGAAAAUUAAAAAGAUAAUAAAGAAAAGCAGAGCAGAAAGUUGUCUUAUCUCUGCUAGGAGAAUGGUAAGAGAAAUCACAAAUAGAUGCCUCUGCAUAACAGUCAAUGUGAUUAAAUGAAGCAUGUGCAAGUCUGUUAUGAGCUGGGACGUUUGUGAUUCCUCCCAGUAGCGGAGACCUCAUCCAAGUACUAUGGUGAUAUUUGGAAACAAGAGGGAGGGAUUGGUUCCCACAAAUGCCUUCCCCAAAAAUAGUCAUCACAGAAAGCCCUACAGGCCUUCCCAAUUUUAAAAUGUGCUUUCUUGCCAGUAUACAAGGUGGUAAAGAAAUGAAAAAGGGUGCUUGGAGUUCGUUUUUUCUCCUACUGCCAAAACUUAAGUCAUUCACAUUGAGAGUGUAGGAGUUGUUCUUGCAUGUGCAUAAAACUUCUUUGCUGUAACGUCCACAAAACCUGAACCAUUACAAGCCAGCUGGUGUUCUGAAACUGCUGCCUCCACUGCUGACUAAUACUCCCUUAUUGUUUUCUUCCCUCACCUUGUCUUUUUUUUUCUCCAAUACUGUCUCUUGAACUUAAUUCCUGGUUCAGAGUAGUUACAGCCUCUUUGUUCUUCUGUGGUACAGAUCCAGAACAAACAGAACAGGAGCAAACUGACAAACUGAUACAGAGAGGAAUUUUUCUUGGAACUCUGAAUGUAGGAAAGGAUGAGAAAUAGAGAGGAAGCAGAGGGAGGAGGAUUUAACAAAAAGAUGUUUGAAAUUAGUCCCACUGAAAAAGGCUAGGAAAUAAUUGCCUAAUGAUGCUUCAGACAUCUGUUUCAGAACAGGCAGCAGGUGCUGCAUGUAAUUGAAAGCAAGGACUUGUACUAUUUAUUUUCUGUAAAUAGAAAGAAAGGGAGGAAAUGAAGGCAUGAAAAAAUUGGAGUAAGGGAACGUUUAUCAUAAACAGCUGCACAAAUUUAUCUGGAGCACAGCAAUAUGUAUAUGCUCUUCCUCUGCAUUCCUGUCACUGUCCUUAACAGUUCCUGUGUUCUGCAAGUCUUUUCUAAAAGACCAAUUCUUUUCAUGCUCAAAACAAGAUGCUAGCAUAGGAAUUGGCCACUAGUGUGUCUUAAAGAUCAAAAUAUUCAGGACAACGUGGUUGUCACCCAGAUGCUGUUGCAAUCUGAUGGAUCCAAAUAGAUGACUGAAGUUACCUGAAUAGCAUAGCAGGUAGUGGCACUGCCCAACACUCCACAGGGGAAAAGCAUGCUUAUGGCAGGUCCUGCUUUCCAGUUCUCUGGUUUUGGACAAUGUCAUUCUUUUUUUCCAAGCAAUAAACAUCCUACAAGGUGUUUGGUUUUCCAAACAUCUCAGUUACUGCCUUGCAAAGCCUAAGCUGAGAGUGACUGAGAAAGAAAAAUACUUCUUGUAUCUGCCCAUGAUGCUCAGGAGAUCCAAAAACGCACCUCCUAAAGAAGUUUUUAUGUGAUGGGGAAACCACUUUGCUUUUGUAUGAAAGUGUCUUUAAGUAAAAGAGAACUACUAAUGCACUUCACUGUGGUAGUAGUUUGUAGUGUUAA